CGCAAUUCGCGCGCGUUUGGGAGCUGCAGAAAACGACGUCGCAUUCACUUGCUCCCCUUCCAGAGCAACCGGAGCAUUUCUUGAUUCUUUCAAUGUCAUCUUUGAAACUUGAAAGCCGGCGUUGAUUUGGUUCUCAGGAGAGAAGAAAUGAAGAAAUCCGAUACAAUUGCAGUUUUACUUGCAAUACUUUUCGCCGAAUUUAGCCUUUAUGCGAUCGGAGAAGAUGCAUUUGAUGUUCGGAAACAGCUCUCCACUGUAUCUAGAUAUGGUGCUGUGAAGGAUAUACUAUCAGGCGAAUUGGCUGUGGCUUCAGAGAUCCCCGAUCAAUGUACCCCAAUUCACUUAAAUCUCGUGGCUAGGCAUGGCACUCGUGCUCCAACGAAGAAAAAGAUAAUGGAGUUAGAUGCCUUAUCCAGCCACCUAGAAGUCCUUGUGAAAGAUGCAAAAGAGAAAAGGAAAUCGUUGGAGAAAGUUCCUGCAUGGAUGCGUGUAUGGAAGUCUCCGUGGAAGGGGAAACGCACAGGUGGAGAACUUAUUGCUGAAGGGGAAGAUGAGCUAUAUAAUCUUGGGAUAAGAAUCAGAGGAUAUUUUCCAGAUCUCUUUAAGGAGGAAUAUCAUCCAGAUGUUUAUACAAUUAAGGCAUCUCAGGUCCCUCGGGCAUCAGCUAGUGCUGUGGCCUUUGGCAUGGGCCUUUUUAGUGCAAGAGGGAAGCUUGGGCCAGGCAAGAAUCGAGCAUUUGCAGUUAGCAGUGAAAGCCGUGCAAGUGACAUAAUUCUGAGAUUUCAUGAUUGUUGUCAAAGCUAUAAGGAAUUCAGAAAGAGCCAACAACCUACUCUUGACAAGCUCAAGGAGCCCGUCUUGAAUGAAAUUACUAAGGAUUUUAUAAAGAAGUAUGGGCUUAACUUCACUAGGCAAGAUAUAUCUUCUUUAUGGUUUCUCUGUAAGCAGGAAGCAUCAUUAUUGAACAUAACUGGUCAAGCUUGCAGUUUAUUCAAAGGACAUCCCCAAGGAAGUUAUGAAACUGCAAGGCUACGUUUUGCUCAUGCAGAAACCUUGCUUCCCUUUUCAUGUUUGAUCGGACUAUUUCUUAAAGAAUCUGAAUUUGAUAGGAUUCAGAAAGAAGAAGUAUUACAACUCCCUCCCAAGCCUCCUCAAAAGAGAAAUUGGCGGGGCAGUGUAGUCGCACCUUUUGCCGGAAACAACAUGCUAGUACUCUACAGUUGUUCUGCACAGGAAUCAAGCAAGUACUAUGUACAUGUGUUGCACAAUGAGCAUCCAAUUCCAAUGCCGGGUUGCAAUGGAUCUGCUUUUUGCCCUUUUGAAGUAUUUAAGAACCGAAUAGCCGCUCCUCACAUGAAGCUUGACUACAAUACCCUUUGUUAUGUGAUCCCUAGUGAUGUUGUGACGCCAAGCGUGUGGUCAAGAGCGUUUGCGUGGCUUUUCUCACCAAGGACCGCUCCCACGCCAUCCCCGAAGUUGCUGCCUGGUAGCUGAACCUAACCAUCCGAUCUUCUGGUGGGAUUUAUAAAAAAAAUGAAAGUGAAACUUGAGGAUGGGAACAGAAACAACUAACCUGUUUUUGUUGAAAGAACUAACUAACCUGGUUUUGUUGGGAAUAUUAUCAGAUUUUUAAGCUCUAAAAUUGGUAAUGGAUAUUAUGGAGUUUUGUUGUUCU